AUGGCCCCUCCAAAACUGUUCAUUGGUGGCCUUGCAUGGCAUACAACUGAUGAUACCUUGCGUGAUGGAUUUUCUAAGUUUGGCACCAUCGAGGAAGCCAUUGUUGUCAAAGACCGUGAUACCAACCGCAGCCGUGGUUUUGGCUUCGUCCGGUUUUCUAAUGAGAGUGAAGCUGAUGCCGCUUUGAACGCCAUGAACAACCAGGAGUUCGAUGGCCGUGUCAUCCGUGUCGACAAGGCUACCGAACGCUCGAGCGGUGGAGGCUACGGCCAACGCCAGGGAGGCUAUAACCGCUUUGAAAAUUCUGACCGUGGUGGUGGGUACAACCGCGGUGGCUAUGGGUGGGGUGGACACCAGCAACAGCCAUACCCUGGGCAAAACCAAGGAGGCAGCGGAAUGUAG